UGAAACUGAUCCAAGGUGCAUUCUUUCUCUAUCACCAUGCAAUCAACGAUUGGACGGUAAGAAUGCAGCUAUAAUCAUAAACUUCAUAUAUGGAUCAUGAUUUGAGAGUGAACUGAGAAACCGCUUGCCGCCACGCUGAUUUCUUCCCUGUUAGAUUCCAUUACGUCCUCCCUGCAUCUUGCCCUGCAACUUCCCAUAGCGGGAAACAAUUCAAGCUCAGAGUUCUACUGUCCAAUUUCAAGGGAGAGAGAGAGAAAGAGAGGAUGGAAGACUCCAUAAAGCAUUCAUGUAUGAGACUGGACCUUGGCAGCAAAGACGGCGUCUUUUACAUCAUGGGGACAUGGCUUCCUUCCCGUUUCAGCCUUUCAAUAACAGACGGCCUUCGGACCUGGACCUGCAAUGCUUCAGAGGAGGAAGUGGAAAAUAGGGCGAACCAGUGGGAUCAAUUGGUGUCCGAAUAUCUUGAAACAGCUGAGCAUUACCUGGGGUUUCAACAACCUGGUUCGGUUUAUGCUUUUACUCCAGCUGGUGAUGAAAACAGGAGGCUGUCAUGGGCAUAUGAGAAGCAAGGAACUAAGCUAGAAUGGCGUUGGAAGUGUGAAAAGUCAUCAGAUGAUAAGAAAGUCACUGCAUCAAUACUGGACUUCCUUAUGGAGGCAAACACAAGAUUAAGUGAUGAAGUUGUUAGAAAUACCAGAUCAUUUGAAAGAAUGAAAGUUGAGGCUGAAAAAUGUUUGGCACAGAGUGAGAGGUUCAACAUUGAUAAGGCUGAAUUUGAAUCUGCUGCAUAUGCAAAGUUUGUUGCAGUUCUGAACUCUAAAAAAAUGAAGCUUCGGGAUCUCCGAGACCGACUUUCUAAAACUGAACACCCACACCCUGGCAAACUUGCUCAAGAUGAGGAUGACUCUAGUGAGAAGACUCAGGCCUUCAAUGGAGAAAGUGAUAAGUCAGAGAACAGCAAAGCGCCAUAGAAAGUGUUCUGAUAACUUCUGAAACUUAGAAAAGAAGCUGAGGAAAUGAAAGGACAUGUGAUGAGGAAGAGAGAUGCUAGCUAACUACUGUGACUUAAUCGAGAGAGAGAGAGAGAGAGAGAGAGAGAGAGAUGUGACUUGGCUUCUGGCAAAUUUGGAUCCUCAACUUUGUAUAUGUCUCUUUGUACAUAGAGCUUUCCGCCUUGUGGAUAGCCUAUUCUCUCAUAUUUGGUUGCACUCAUUUCAUCCUCUAAUUAAAGGUUAACUUCCUCAAAAAAAAAAAACUUUGUACGAGUCUCUUUUUUUCUCUUUUGAUCAAUAAUCAGGUUUGUAUCAUCCGUCAUAUAGAAAUAUAAACAAUGACUUCAAAAAUAUGAAAUGCAGCAUUCCAGUGCAUGGCUUGUCUA